ACUGAAUCUAUGCAGCAGUUGUAAAAUGCCUGAGCACAACCUAACUCCAAGCCUGACUCCUUACGCUCGGGCCUGGAGUUCGGUGUCGUCAAUCAUGAGCAAGAGCAAGUCAGCCCUAAAGCAACUAUCAUCUGCAAGAGUGCUAGUCACUGUUACAGGAAGGGUGCAAGCAUAUCUAGGAUCCAAAAGGCUGGCAAGAGGCAAGCUCAGUGCUCACAUGAAGUUGAGCGUAGGCGGCCAUCGCUUCGACUUGUUGUCGAAAUGGAAGAGUCGUCGCUUGACUCAAACCGGAGCCACCUUUAUUAAAAUGGCCGCUCGAGAAGCCGCCAUGCGCGGACACUCCAACCCGCCAUUUCGUAAAUAAGAAGGCUCGCUUUACCCAAAAAGCACAACGACGAAUACUUGUGACACCCUUGCAACCUAUACCAAACACUCGCUUUUUGUAAAACAGCAGCGACUAUGACUGAGGCAAAGAGCAAAUCCGAGCAGAAGCAACUCUCACUCGCCGCUAUCCUUGGUGACCAGACCUGUCCUCCUUGUUCGCUCAAAGAAUUCCAAGACUACCUUGUCUACAAGGAGCGCUCGGCAGAGAACUUGCAAUUCUUCAACUGGAUCAGCUCGUAUGAACGCCGUUUUGCACGACUCGAAAGCGCCGAAGCAACCAAGAUUCCAAAACCACCUCCACGAAAGACGUAUGGAACACCAUCCCUGAGGGGCCGUAGUGACUCGCGCUCUUCGAGCCGUUCAAAUGUGUCUACCUUGGCGACUCUUGGAGAAGGCACCGAAGACUCAGAGAAGGCUGGCGCUGUGCCAGUCUUUACAAGCGACACGGCGCCAACAACUAUCGUCCCCCCUGCAACGGCAGGACCUCUCGCGCCUCCCAUUCUCAGCACUGGAGCAGCUAUGCCAGACUCUCCCUUCGACGAGUCUGCACCAGUCCAUGAGAAGCCCACCAAGAUUGCGCCGCCUUCCGGCCCACUCUCAACCUUGGUCGAGCAAGACAUGACGGAACUGACCGCCGAGCAAAUCGAACAAUUCCCACCGUCUGAGCAGCCAUUCCGCGCAGAGAUUGAUCGUGUGGUGGAGGCCUUUUUCUUACCUGGCGGCCCAGCAGAGCUCAACGUAACAGGCCCUAUUCAAAAGUAUAUCCGCGAACAGGCACAAAAGACAACACACCCAGAGAUCUUUGAAGAGGCAAAACAACACGUCUACACCACCAUGCAGAAAUCCUCCUUCCCGGCCUUUUCGAAAAUGGCCACAGCGAAUAUCAAUCACGAGAAGAAAGUAUUUUGGCUGUGUGUUGGAACGACUGAUUUCAUGCUCGGUGUUAUGGUUUACUUGCUCUGUAUUCUGCUCAAGGCUGGCCGUGGAUGGCGGUGUUUUGGUAUUCCAUUCACUUGGUUUGGCUGUAUGCAAUUCUACUCGGCGUUGUUGGAUCUCUGCUUCCAGGUCUACGGUCGAACAGCCAGACAAUUGUACCCGUGGGAACUCAUGCAGGAUGACAAGUCCUUCAAUUUGGCUACUGCAGAUGCUGAUUUCGGUGACAAUAUGGGCGGCAUCAAUUUCCGCACCAUCAAGCAAGGACUGCUCCCGAAAUCAAAAGUCUUUGAGAAGGAAAAAGUGAUUGAGGAUCCUAUCGUCAAAGCAAUUCAAAGGCGGCGGUGGAUCCAAACGUAUAUCGUUGCAACGACUGUUGCGGCGUGUGUCAUUGCCAUCUUCCUCGCUGUGCCAAACAGGCCUUGAGUCUUGUAAAUUUGUUUGUAGUCAAUUCAUCACACUUGCUUGUUAUAUUGGCAAUGCUCUGUAUGAUGGGGUGAACCAAAAUAGCAGACCAGGGCUUUGCAGGCGCCACUCGUCGUCAGAUAGUGCAAUGAUAGGCAGGCACACUUGAAUGGCCUGCUGCUACUUUGCAGAGACAGAGUGCUGGCCGAUACGAGGGCUGCCACUUGAUCUUGUCGU